UAUUCUAAUUAUCGACUUGUAUCAAUCCUUCCCUAUUUUACCUUUCUCAGCUCUCCUGGCCUCGGUGGUCCAAUGGCACUCAGUAGCAGUUUCGGAGGCGGAUUAGGCCCACUAAUAAGCAGCAUUAGUUCGAGUCACGGCGUCUCCGCUGUCACCUCUCACAUUCUGCCUGGUGCAAUCUCAUCACACUAUCCACAUGGACAUCACCACAGCCAACUACAUAAUCACCACCACCAUCUACACAACCAUCAUAUUGGGCAUCCCCCACAUAUUUCUUGCUAUCCUGGUCUGCCUGGUUCCCAACAAAAGCCUUUUCUUUCAGCUGAGGACUUUGAGGAUAUGGAUAUCUCAUCUCUCUCUUCAUGUAUGGGUGCAGACCCGAAUGGCUGCUCUGUCGGUACGAGCCAUGUUGGGCAAAGUGGCACUUCGUCCGCGGGUAUUCCUGUCCCUGCCCAACCCUCGGCUGGACAUUACAUGGGGCGAAAGACUAUCGGCAAAUCACCAACUUCUGGAUAUAGUUGUCUGACUACUGUUAAACAACCUGUAAGUCUUCUUAGUGUUGACGAUGAAAUUGCAGCAGUUGCGCAGACCCUCGCUGACGCCGCUCUCCGGAUUUCGUCUCCUCGAGAAGAGACGUUCAGACCAGAUAACUCAGUUCUCGAUCCUGCGGAUAUUCCAUCUAGCUCCGAUUCUGCUUCUGUUCAAUCAGCCAAUAAUCGGCAUACGACACUUUCUGAUCAUACUUCGGCUGCCUCAGUAACUGUCCCAAUCGUCAAAGGCACGACUAUUGCCAAGUCUUCUGUGUCCUCUGCAUCAGCUCUCUCAAGUUGUGGCCCUUCAGUUGCAACUUCAGGCUCGCUCAUGCCAGGUUUCUACACUUGCCUUUCAACCGAAGAUGCAGAUCCUGCUAUCGUAAUAUCGGCAGCUUCUGGCUCCUGCAAACAGUUACAGCAUUCCAAUACUGUUUCACAACACAUCGAUCCUAAUAGCCAGGCUGCAACUUCCCAGACACCAUCCUCUCUUUGCUACCAAUCCGCUGCCCCAUUUCCUAUCAUAGGAAAGCGCUCAUAG